AUGGAAGAACAAGGAGAAAACCUUAAACAGGCACAAGCAUCACCCCCGGCAAACUUUCAGCCACCAAUGCAGCUGACCCAACCUCAUACCGUUUUACCCAGAGAAAUCGGUGCACAUCAGCCCGAGCUUCACGUGGACGCAGCCAUGGUACCACGCAUAAAUCCACCCAACAUGAAUGAUACCAACAUUGAAUCGUAUUUUUUGUCCCUCGAGUUUUGGUUCGCGGCCACCGGAGUAACACAUGACGCGAGGAAGUACAAUCUGGUCAUGGCACAGGUACCGCCGAACAAACUAACGGAGUUGAAGGCAAUCAUCGAUUCCACGCCGCAGAUUAAUCGCUACGAGUACAUUAAAUCUAAACUCAUAGCGCACUUUGCCGACAGCCAGCAACGACGCGUACAACGCGUUCUUUCUGACAUGCCCUUGGGUGACCUAAAACCUAGCCAGCUGUUCAACGAAAUGCGACGGGUAGCUGGCAGUGCCCUCUGCGAAACCGUACUCGUAGAUUUGUGGGCCUCACGCUUACCACCACACGCCCAAGCCGCAGUCAUCGCAUCAAAGGGUGAUAUAGCAGAUAAAGUUGCGAUUGCAGACGCCAUCGUCGACUCAAUGAAUUUUCGGCAAAUUAGUGCGGUGGGUAACCCCUCAGCGCCCACCACUACAAUACAACAAAAUGACGAGUCAAAUGCAUUACUUGAACUACGAAAGGAGAUCGCUCAGCUAACGAAACGUUUUGAGGUUAUGACAAAGCAGCGACCAAGGAGCCGUAGCCGAAGCAGACAUGGACACCAACGUAGCACGCAUCAGGAGGGUACCCACUUAAGUGGAUUAUGUUGGUACCACGAUCGGUUUGGCGCGAGCGCACGAAAGUGUAGAACGCCUUGCACGUACAAAAAUCGGGAGAACGCUCAAUGA